UGCCGCAGGGAGAACGGCUCAGCGACCAUUGACGUACUAUGGCGGCCUGACGGCAGGUAGCAGUUCCCUAAACGGUUCCCUAACGCUGACCCGACCCCUCUCACCGACACCAUGUUAUUAUGACAACCACAAUCUCGAGAGAGAAACUUAAAUUUGUCUCCGUUUAACGUUAGCAUUUCCCUCAGUGUCUCGACAAUGCCUGUAACGGCCGGCAGUUGGUCCAGGUAACCUAGCCGUUAGCUUCCCAGUUAAAUUAAUCCAAGCGUUUGUAGCACACAAGCUAUCUAAUGUCUCGUGCGAUCGGUAGCGUUCAACGGCUGUCAGAAUCAUCACCAGGACAACGGGGCUCCUUCCCACCCGGCCGUGUGAUGGAAGGGUGAGGGGAACGAUGCUCAGCUUCCUCCAUAUCCUUUUAACAGGCCUGUUUGGUGUUCUGUGGGAUGGAGUUGCUGCGUUUGGUGGGGUCAGGCUAGUGGACGGGGAGAACAAGUGUUCUGGCAGAGUUGAGGUGCUCCGCCAUGACCAGUGGGGGACUGUCUGUGACCAUGGCUGGGACCUCCGGGAGGCUGAUGUGGUGUGCCUGGAGCUGGGCUGUGGCUUAGCUGAAUCUGCCCUUAAUGGUGCAGUAUUUGGUGCAGGCAGGGGAGAGAUCUGGCUACGGCAUGUCCAGUGCUCUGGACACGAGUCCAGUUUGACCCGCUGUGCUGUCGUCCUGCACAGUAACCCCUACUGCACCCAUGAGAAUGAUGCAGGGGUGAAAUGCUCAGGUACCCUUUUAAUGCCCACCCUCACCCUGCUUUCGCCUCACACUGUGUUCUGUCCCGGGGAGGCUGUUCGCUUCAGCUGCAGUGUUCUGCUGGGUCACCACCUCAGUGACUUCCACCUGUACAAGCAUGGAGUGUCCACCCCACUGGUUACACAGAGGGCGGACCAGACCCAGACCAGAGUGGAGCUGACACUGUCCGACAUAGAGACCUUCCACCAGGGCAGCUACAGUUGUCGGUACAGGAUCAAGGGCGGCUUCCCUUCUCAGCUGCUCAGCUCUCCACCCAGCAACUCCAUUAACAUCACUGUUGUGGAGGUCCUGACCCCCCACCACUGGUACAACACGUCCACUGAGGCCCCGGCUGGUUCCGUCCUUAAAGGCCACAGUUUUAACAUCACCUGCUCCACCCCGCAUCAGUACCCUGGAGGUUCCUUCCAGCUGCGUCUGAUCCGCUCCAACGGCACAGUGCGCCAGUCCCUGCCUGCCCUCACCCCGUCCGUCACGUUCACAUUUCCCAACGCCCAGAGCUCCAACGAGGGCUAUUACUACUGCCUGUAUCGGGUCCAGCUGGGGGGACGCACCUUCGUGUCCAGAGAAAGCCAGCCCCUGCCUAUAGCCAUCAGAGACCCAGAUCCAGUCCUCAGUCCAAUGGUGAUCAGCUGGCUUGUGUCUGGCCUUACAUUUGUUGUAGCCGUCAUCGUUAUAAUCAUUGUGGCCAAGGUGCUGUGUAACAAGGAGAAGAAGCCCUCUGAACUGGAACGAGAGACCAGAACCUGUGUGGACAACACUUAUGUUGCCUUAUCAAUUAACAAGCUAUGACGGGGGUAUGCGGGCAGCUGAUUACUACAGACAGAAGGCUCACACAGUGUCCAUCGUGGAUUCAGUUGGCAGAGGACGUAACACAGAACCAAACAGCUUGGUCGGUCCUCCAUCACACUAUUGGAAGAGGCACGAGCUGGACCCAGUUCAGUACAGUUUCGAUGAGGCACAGUUUUUAUUGGACUCUAACAUAGACCUAUCUAAGACCAGUAUUCUUUCAAACAAGACUUUAGGCUAGUGCAACUGCUGGGAUCAUAGGCUAAUGGCCACAGAGAACUGACAGACCGUAAAAACUGUUUUCACUUCAAGGUCAGUGUUGGUUCAAGCUAGACUACAGAUUCCCUCUGACUUGGCCACUGCCAUGACCCGAGAUGUAUGUGUGGACAACUGCUACUAAAAGCUAUACUGGGGAAACUGUGACAUGGGUUCCUCAGGUCUGUGUAUAUUAAAAACAUUGGGCCUCAUGCAAGAACAUUUUCGUAUCCUUAUCUUAACUUUCUUUUUGUGUGGUGGGCUCAAAUGAGUGUGCUACCUCAUUUUCAGUAAACGCGCCUAACGUCUGUGUAAAUCACCUGCGUAAAAAUGAUGAAUGCCACCUGUGUGUAAUGGAGCAAGUGUUUAUGAGAACUGAAAGCUCACUAACACACCCCGAUAAUACCAUAAAAGGCUACACAGCCUGCCCCAUGUGUUCGUUCAUUUAAAAUGGUACAGAAGAGUAAAAAGAACUUGAGCUCGCAGAUUAAAGUUGUGCCCUUGGAGAUUGUUUUUAACAGUGUCAGGAGUUGAAUUAAAGGACCUGCUUAAGCCAAGGACUGGGUAGAAAAUAAUGAGUGCUGUCAACGCCGUGUCACCGGAGGGUUGUACUGUUGCUGAAAUCAAUAAUAAGUGGUUUAAAAUGAAAAGCAAGGCUAACGAUGACCAUGAGGGUCAAAUGGAAGUCUCCAUCACGAUAACAGACGAUAGAAGACAAUAUUGCAACAGAGGAUGUUCCCCUAGACAGCGACCUACACACUCCUGAAUGUGAAGAGAACCCCAUUAAUAGCAUAUUUAAAUUAAUGAUGGCAUCCUUAGGCUACAUGAUACAUUAAGAGCUAUAAUUCAGACUGUACAGUCAAACAUACUAAUGUAAUUAUGAAGUAUAAUUUACAUAGUAAACUCAAAAUGUCUCUAUAGUAAGGGGAGAUAUAAUCCUUUAGUGAAAAACGUGUUUGGAUAACAGCGGACUAAUUGUACGACUCCCUAAAUUGUUUGUGCCCAAGAGAAAAUUAAAAAAAAACAGAAAAUUGUUUAAUGCCACAAGAUCUCAGUCAUACCAGCCACUUAAGAACAAAUAUGUUUGUACGAGUGCUUCUUGCUUGAGGCCCAAUGUUUUGUAUUUAUUACCACAAGCUCCACUAGCUUAUUAUGUACCCGCUUCAACAGAUCAAGGAUCCUUAAAGGAUUAGAAGAUGUCUUUGUAUUUUAAGUCUAACCCUACUAUGCAUCUUAUGUCAUUUACAAUAUGUACAUUGCUGCACUUAAAGGUGUGUAAAUAGAAGCUGUAGUUGAUUAAAAUGCUGCUGUUGUUGGA